CGAGCUCCUGAGCCCUCCUGCCGUCCCAGUGCCGUCCCGUGGACUUAUCUCUGCCGUGUCCUGCAUAUAAUUGAGCUCAUAUAUGACUGCACACUCGGUAUUUGCCUAGUAUCCUAAAUGUGACUUUGGCCCAGGAAACAGGUCGGGGCGUCGAAGAAACCAUGGCAUGAACUCGGAAAUGCGUCCAACCGCAACUUGUUAUUGCGGAGUUGACAGGUAGAUUUACACGCGGACAACCCCAUGCUGACUCCGAUGCUGGCCCAGGCUAUCGGUUCCUACUCGCGCUCCAAAUCGUAGAUAGCUCGCCACCAGGCGCGGUGGUAUAUAUGGCCCACCAUGUCCGCAGCUCCCCUCUUGCCUCGCCUCGACUCUCGACCGCAACGCCGUCUCCUCGCAGCUGCAACUGGGCUUCGUCUUUCCCUGGCGCGCCAUGGACCCAGAAAAGAAAGACCCAUCCGACUCCGAGACGACCUCCGUGGACGAACUCGAGAAAGACGUCGAGCAGGAGGCGGGCGUGACAGAGAAGGACCGCCCCGAGCAGCCCACGCGCCGUUCGCGCAAGCUCGAGUUCGACCAGGGCGAGCAGCAUGUGCGGUUCCGCAGGAAGUGGUGGCAGCUAUGGCUACCGACGGACCCCCCGCCGCCUGCACCGAAGUCACUGGACGAUGCGACGCUGCUCCCCAUGGCCUGUGCAUCGUUUAUCUCCGUUCUGACGUACUCGUGGAUUAACCCCCUCAUGAUGCUCGGAUACCAACGCACUCUGCAAGCAACCGACCUCUGGAAGCUCGACUCUUCGCGCGAAGCAGGCACCCUCGGCACGCGAUUCGACCUCGCCUGGGCGGCGCGCGUGCAGGCCGCGGCAGAGUGGAACGCACGCCUCGCUGCGGGCGAGGUCACCCCGUCCCUAUGGCUCCACAUUAAAUGGUUCUUCGUCGCGCUGCUGCAUCUGGCGAGCUUCGGUGAGACUAGAAGGGAGCUGAAGAGGGAAUGGAGGGAGGGCGCGGGACGGAGAGAACCGAACAUUGCGUGGGCGCUGAACGAUGUGUUCGGGUGGACGUUUUGGACGGGCGGGAUAUUCAAGGUUUUUGGUGAUACGGCCCAACUCAUGGGUCCGCUCCUCGUCCGCGCGAUCAUCACCUUCAGUGAGGACCGCCUCGCGGCCAAAGCAGCGGGCGAGCCGACCGCUAGCCUGGGCCGUGGCGUGGGCAUGGCAAUUGGUUUGUUCUGCACGACGGUUACUGCGAGCGUGUGUACGCACCAGUUCUUCUGGCGGUCGAUGAACACGGGCAUGCUCGCGCGUGCGGCGCUGAUCAGCUCCAUAUACAAGCGAGGCCUGGCGUUGACGGGGAAGGCGCGAACGACGAUGCCAAACGCGAAGCUCGUCACGCAUAUAUCCACAGACGUCAGCCGAAUUGAUGCAUGCGCGCAAUGGUUCCAUGCUGUUUGGACGGCCCCCAUCCAGGUCACUAUCUGCCUGAUCAUCCUGCUCGUCCAGCUCGGAUACUCGGCAUUGGCGGGUUUCUCGCUAUUCCUGUUGAUUAUGCCGAUCCAAGAGCGCAUGAUGUCGUUCCAGUUCACGGUCGCUAAGAAGGCGCUCAAGUGGACGGAUAAGCGGUCGAAACUCAUCCUGGAGGUGCUCGGUGCUAUGCGAGUGGUGAAGUACUUUUCCCAUGAGGAGUCCUUCUUGAGGAGAAUCUAUGACAUGCGCAAAAACGAACUCAAGGGCACUCGCAAAAUCCAGAUUGCUCGUUCGGCCAAUAUUGCCUCAGCCUUCUCCGUACCCGUCCUCGCAGCUACCCUCUCAUUCGUGACUUACACCUCCACCUCGCACGCCUUCAACGUCGCGACGAUCUUCUCCUCACUCUCGCUCUUCAACCUUCUCCGUCAACCCCUCAUGUUCCUGCCGCGUGCGCUCUCUGCGACCACAGACGCGCAGAACGCGAUGGAGCGCCUUAAAACGCUCUUCCUCGCGGAACUCAACGAGGGUGAGGCGUUCGCCGUCGACAAGGAGCAGAAGAUGGGCUUGGUAGUGGAAGAUGCGACGUUUGAGUGGGAAGAGAGCUCGAGUGCACGGGAGAGUAAGGAGGACGCGAAGGAGGCCAAGAAGGAAGGAAAGGGGGUCGCGCAGGGGGUCGCUACACCUACCCCAGAGCAAAGCGCCCCGUUCCAGGUCAAGGACGUGACGAUGUCAGUCCCCAGGGGUACACUUGCUGCGGUUGUCGGUACUGUGGGCAGCGGCAAGUCGAGUCUCCUCCAGGGCCUGAUUGGCGAGAUGCGCAAAGUUCGCGGCCAUGUGUCCUUUGGUGGCAAGGUCGCGUACUGCUCACAGACGGCUUGGAUCCAGAAUGCCUCCCUGAGAGAAAAUGUUCUGUUUGGCCAGCCGUACGAAGAUGAACGGUAUUGGAAAGCGAUCGAGAAUGCUUCGCUACUCCCCGAUCUCGAAGUCCUCCCGGACGGUGAUCUGACGGAGAUCGGAGAAAAGGGUAUCAACCUAAGCGGUGGUCAGAAGCAGCGGGUUAACAUUGCUCGGGCACUCUACUACGACGCGGAUAUCGUCAUCUUCGACGACCCGCUAUCGGCCGUUGAUGCUCACGUCGGGAAGGCCCUCUUCGCCGAUGCGAUUUUAGGAGCACUCCGUAACCGCGGCAAGACUGUCAUCCUCGUCACCCACGCCUUGCACUUCCUCGACCAAUGCGACUAUAUCUACACUAUGAAGAAUGGCCGUCUCGAGGAGCAGGGAACCUACGACGAACUCAUGCAGAACGGAAAGGAGUUCUCGCGUCUCAUCGAGGAGUUCGGCGGCACGGGCACUAAGGAGGAAGAAGAAGUCAUUGAGGAGGAGGCAAUCGAGGGCCCUCAGGGCAAACCUGUGAAGGUCAUUGAUGAAGCCAAAAUCAAGGAGGAAUCUGCCAAGCGCGCGGCCGCCGGUACAGGCAGGCUUGAGGGCAGACUCAUCGUCCCAGAGAAACGAACUACGGGUUCGGUGAGCUGGAAGAUCUACGGAGAGUACCUCAAUGCGGGAAGAGGAUGGGCCCUUGGACCCGCCGUCUUAUUCUUCAUCAUCUUGAUGCAAGGCUGCACUAUCAUGAACAGCUAUACGUUGAUCUGGUGGGAAGAGGACAACUGGGGAAAGAAAAACUCGUUCUACCAGAUUCUGUACGCUUGUUUCGGUAUCGGACAGGCUGUCUUCACGUUCGCCGUAGGCGGUACAAUGGACGAGCUUAGCUUCUAUGUCUCGUCCAACCUUCACCACGACGCUAUCCGGAACAUUUUCUAUGCCCCAAUGUCUUAUUUCGACACUACGCCUCUUGGUCGUAUUUUGAGUAUCUUCGGCAAGGAUAUCGAGAACAUCGAUAAUCAGCUUCCUGUCAUUCUGACGAUAUCAAAUAUGGUUGGGAGUGUGACCAUCAUCACAGUACUUGAGCAUUACUUCAUCAUCGCGGUCGUCGGUAUUGCGUUCGGUUACAACUACUUCGCGGCUUUCUAUAGGUCCAGUGCUCGUGAGCUCAAGCGAAUUGAUGCUAUGUUGCGAUCGCUCCUAUACGCCCAUUUUGCCGAGUCCCUCUCCGGCUUGCCCACUAUCCGUAGUUACGGAGAGACAACCCGGUUUCUCAAGGACAACGAAUACUACGUCGACCUGGAGGACAGGGCAGCGAUCCUGACGAUCACCAACCAGAGAUGGCUAGCAAUUCGUCUCGACUUCCUUGGUGGACUGCUCAUUUUCAUUGUGGCCAUGUUGACGGUGUCCAACGCCUCUGGGAUCAACCCUGCGCAGAUCGGUCUUGUUCUGACAUACUCGACCUCCCUUGUGCAAAUGUGCGGCAUGGUCACUCGCCAGUCUGCCGAAGUGGAAACCUACAUGAGCUCCGUUGAGCGCGUUAUCGAGUACAGUCGAGGAGACAGGAUUGAGCACGAGGCCCCGCAUGAGAUCAAAGAUCAUAAACCGCCAAAGGAGUGGCCUGCUCGUGGAGCGAUCGAAUUCAAGGAUGUUGUCAUGCGAUACAGAGCUGGCCUUCCCUUUGUACUCAAAGGCCUGUCAUUGAGCAUCAAGGGCGGGGAGAAAAUCGGUGUCGUUGGAAGGACUGGAGCCGGGAAGUCGUCCCUCAUGUUGGCUUUGUUCCGUAUCGUGGAGUUGUCAUCGGGUUCCAUCAACAUUGACGAUAUCGACAUCUCCACGAUCGGGUUGAAAGAUCUUCGAUCGAAGCUGGCCAUCAUCCCGCAAGACCCGCUCUUAUUCAGCGGCACUAUACGAUCGAACCUCGAUCCAUUCAACCAAUACACCGAUGCUCAUUUGUGGGAUGCACUACGCCGAUCAUAUUUAGUCGAAAACGUUGUCGAGAAGGAUAGCGAAGACGACGACGGCGUCCAGACGCCUACAAGCCGCUUCAGCCUAGACACGAUGGUUGAGUCGGAAGGGGCAAACUUGAGCGUCGGCGAACGCAGUCUAUUAAGUCUAGCUCGAGCCCUCGUGAAGGACAGCCAAGUAGUUGUCCUGGACGAGGCCACUGCGUCCGUGGAUCUGGAAACAGAUUCCAAGAUUCAACAGACUAUCCAGACGCAAUUUGGACACAAGACACUACUCUGCAUCGCUCACCGUCUGCGAACCAUCAUCUCCUACGAUAGGAUCGUGGUGAUGGACUCUGGUCGGAUAGCCGAAUUCGACACACCUUUGAGCCUCUUCCAGGUGUCGGACGGAAUUUUCCGCGGCAUGUGCGAGAGGAGUGGUAUCAGCACGGCGGAGAUAGAAAAGGCCGCUCUCAAAGUCCACAUGCAAUGACGACCCCCUUGGUUCGGGCGUGCAUGACUGAGCGUCACGCUUAAAUAUUCCUACACCCUCAGCGUUACCACAUAGAUGUCAUUUUAGAUGUAUUCUUGACCCAUGUUUUACGACUACUUCUACGUAUACAGAGCUGUAGCGAUGACAACGUAAUCUUGCUAUGCGAUAUAAAAAUACAGCCA